UGAAUCAUUUUCGCUGUCCCGCAAUAUUUAAUUAACUGCAGCGCGAGAUCAUUGCAGUUUUAGCCGUCAGUCAAGUGAAACAUACAAAAACCAAAAUGAAGAAGGCUGCCCUGCUGCUGGUCGCCUUCCUGGCUGUGGCCGUGGCCCAGUCGAAUCAGCUCAAAAAGCCCGGAUUCCUGCGUGUGCCGCUCAAGAAAUUCCAGUCGGCUCGCCGCCACUUCGCCGAUGUGGGCACAGAGCUGCAGCAAUUGCGCAUUAAGUACGGCGGAGGCGAUGUUCCGGAGCCGCUGUCCAACUACAUGGACGCCCAGUACUACGGACCCAUUGCCAUCGGCUCGCCGCCGCAGAACUUCCGGGUGGUGUUCGACACCGGGUCCUCCAAUCUGUGGGUGCCCUCCAAGAAGUGCCACCUGACCAACAUCGCCUGCCUGAUGCACAACAAGUACGAUGCCAGCAAGUCGAAGACGUACACCAAGAACGGCACCGAGUUUGCCAUCCAGUACGGUUCGGGCAGCUUGUCCGGCUAUUUGUCCACGGACACCGUGUCCAUUGCCGGUCUGGACAUCAAGGAUCAGACAUUCGCCGAGGCGCUCAGUGAGCCCGGUCUGGUCUUCGUGGCCGCCAAGUUCGACGGCAUCCUGGGCCUGGGCUACAGCUCCAUUUCGGUGGACAAGGUGAAGCCCCCGUUUUACGCCAUGUACGAACAGGGCCUGAUCUCGGCUCCCGUGUUCUCCUUCUACCUGAACCGCGAUCCCGCCUCCCCCGAGGGCGGUGAGAUCAUCUUCGGUGGCUCCGACCCCAGCCACUACACGGGUGAGUUCACCUAUCUGCCUGUCACCCGCAAGGCCUAUUGGCAGAUCAAGAUGGAUGCUGCCUCCAUUGGCGAUCUGCAGUUGUGCAAGGGCGGUUGCCAGGUGAUUGCCGACACGGGAACCUCGCUGAUUGCUGCUCCCCUGGAGGAGGCCACCUCCAUUAACCAGAAGAUCGGCGGCACUCCCAUCAUCGGCGGACAGUACGUUGUUUCCUGCGAUCUUAUUCCCAAUCUCCCGGUCAUUAAGUUCGUGCUAGGCGGCAAGACCUUCGAGCUGGAGGGCAAGGACUACAUCCUCCGAGUGGCCCAGAUGGGCAAGACCAUCUGCCUGUCCGGCUUCAUGGGCAUGGACAUCCCCCCGCCCAAUGGACCCCUGUGGAUCCUGGGCGACGUUUUCAUUGGCAAAUACUACACCGAGUUCGACAUGGGCAACGAUCGUGUGGGCUUCGCCGAUGCCAAAUAAUCGAACAAAGAGAAAUAUACUUAACAUUUAAAUUGUAAACAUUAUCGAUCUUUCUCCGAAGAACCUACGGAAUAUAUAUGUACUAGCUAUAAA